GGAGAAUAUUCCAAAGCCGUUGGAAAGAAAACGACACGCGUCGAGCGCGCAGCACGAUCGUGGAUCGUCGCGUAGCAAACUCGAUUUUAAUACUCUCUCUUUUUUUUCUUUUUUUUUCCGAGCCGCAGCGAAGCGAAUGAUUUACUGGGCUUUUCUUUCUUUCUUUGACGAGCAUGCAUCAAUCCGCAUGAUGGUUAGCGGAUAACAAUACGUGUCAGCCGCUGCCGAGUCGCUGACUAUGAACGAAAAAACAAAUUCUAACGAUGCCAACAGCGACCGCGUUGACGCAUUGACGUACGUCCGUGUUGUUCCAUCCAGCCUAGCCGGCUAGCUAGCUAGCUAGCUGGCUAGCUAGCUAGCAGCAGGAGCACGCGUGUGAUCUCUAUCUGACGAAAGCAGGACGCGAUUCUUAACUAUACCUUCAUUCCUCGGUUCGCACCGAGUGUUUGUGUAAAGUUCAGACUUCCCACCCAACGCUGGGGCAUUUAUCGCCACAGCGUCGAGAGCGUUGAUCAAGCGGAUCGAGUAGCAACGGAACGGCCCGAGUCCGCAAUGACAUCGUUCUGCUUGUUGAUCGUUUGCUCGUUGACGUUGACGUUGACGUUGACAUCGGUCGUCGCGAGGAACGCGACGGCCGCGAGAUACAACAUCACCGUGAGAAACGACGCGUCGACCCGGACGGAAAGUGAAAAUCUCAGAAUCAUUCUGGAUUACGUUCGAGCCGAGCAGCGGACGCAUCCCUCGACGACCGUCUCCCUCGUGUCUCCCUUAAACGCGCGUUCCAAUCUGGCGGACAGGCUCGUGUCCGAGUACAUGGCGAGCGAGUCGCUCGUCAGCUACAAGAUCACGAUGAACAAUCUGUCGCGAAAGUGCACGUGGCAGAAUCGCAUGGACCUCGUGUGGAUCUUGAUCGUCGACGACAUCGACCUGCUGAAUUUGUUCGUGCACGAACAGAGUCACAUCUGGAAGGCCAGCAAUCAGUACUUGAUAAUCAUUACCGCCGAGAGCGUCGCGACGGGGCCGCGAGAGAUCUUCCAGAAUGUUUGGAGGAGCUACAGCGUCCACCGGAUCGUCACUGUCUCGAUCCACGAGGGAUUUCGAUGCUUCAGCAGGUACCUGCCGUUCGAGAAGAAGAACCAACGGAGCGAUUACGGCGUCGUGCGCAAGGCCUGCCUGAUGAAUCGGCAAGACCGCCCCGUGGAGCUUUACGACAAGGUCGAGAGGCUGAACGGCUACCCGAUACGCGUGAUCGUGUUUCAGUCGCUGAUGAUGAACGUCGCGCUCGACGAAAGCACGCCGAGGAACGUCACGUACAAGGGCGUGGAUGCGGACGCGAUGUUCCUGCUGGAAAAGACGAUGGGGGCGCAAUUCCGUAUCGAAGUGAUACCCGAGUCCUGCAACGAGGAUCCCUUUCAUCGCGCUCUCCAACACAUCGAGGACGGCGAGUCGGACAUAAUCGUCACCAGCUUCUUCAUUCACGAGUACAAAGAGUACCACAGGUUCGAGUUUACGGCCAGCAUCUACGACGACCAGUUGUGCCUGAUUGCGCCUGCGGCUAGUUUCAUGCCGAAAUCGUACAUGCCGAUAUUGCCGUUCGCGCCCGAUGUGUGGGCGAUUCUCGCGCUCUACAACCUCGUCGUAUCCGUUCUGUGGUUCUUCAUCAAGUACUACAGCGUCUCGUUUCGUCGACGAGAGGCUGUCCUGUUGCCCUUAACGAAGGCCGAUGGCAGUAGACCGAUAAUGACGGAUUCGACAUCACGGCGAUCCCGUUUGUCGUCGUCGCCGCUGCCGCCGCCGCCGCCGCCGCCGCCGCCGCCGCCGCCGCCGCCGCCGCCGCCACCACCGCCACGUAUACAUCCCCAUGUUCUAUCGUGCUUCGACCUCGCGGAGACGUGGUGUUACCCGUUGAAAGAGGACGACGGUGGUGGUGGCACGACCGCCCAGAGAGCUUUUCUCUUCGGCACGCUCUUCUUCGGCCUGAUCGUCACCGGCCUCUACCAGAGUUGCCUGGUGUCCAGCUUGAGCAAUCCUUUCCACCACCCCGAGCUGACCACCCUGGAAGAUGUGGCCAACUCUAAUCUCACGAUAAUUACCAAGUAUGACAACUUGAGGGAGAACACGUUCACGGAUAACACCAGCUUGGCCUGCAGGCUAAAGGAUAAGGUGCGGUUGGUCCCCUUCGAUAAACGCACCAACGAUAUGGUGGCCUUCGACAAGAACGUGACCGCCCUCAGCCGUUUCGCGUCGGUCAAGCUGGACAACUUGUCGAAUUACUUCGACGAGGACGGUAACGAGCUGCUUCAUAUCGUCGAAGAGUGCCCGACCACUUAUCUGUUAUCCUACAUCGUGCAACUUUACUCGCCGUAUCGGGAAAGAAUCAACGGCUUGCUGUUGCGUAUGCAGGAAGCGGGUCUCAUCGGGUUGUGGUACAGCAACAUGACAUACCCGAUGUACGCGGACGAACAGCGGAGGAAAAUGGCCAAGAGUGACAGGAGAAUCAAAUUAACCCUGGAGCAUUACUCCCUCACGUUUCUCGGGCUUUCGCUCGGUUUACUUUUCUGCGCGAUUGUGUUCUUGGCCGAGCUGUAUUUCGCCAAACAGUGGCUCCGCAGCCAAGUCGAAGAAAAGCGCGCGAGUUUCCGCGAUAUCGUGAAAUAAGACUUACGUUUUCACACUCUGUUACCUGUCUUUCUGCGUAGAGUACGCAGCUCGUUUCUCAAUUCUUUCUCUCUCUCUCUCUCUCUCUCUCUCU